AUGUCCUCAGAAUCGACAAACAACGAGAUCCAGGUCAAUAUUAAAGGCCCCAGCGAACUCAAGCUACAAAUUACGAUCUCGACCGACAAGACAGUGCAGGAACUCAAGCAGGCCAUUGCAGAGAAGAGCGAUGUCGCGGCUGAUAGGCAGAGGCUGAUUUACAGCGGUCGAGUCCUUAAGGACGAAGACCUCCUUUCGGUAUACAAGAUCCAAUCAUCACAUACGAUCCACAUGGUCAAAGGUGUGGCGAAAGGUGCUGGCUCAGGUUCGGGGUCGUCAACAGGCGCCUCAAGUACAUCCCAACCCCUCCCUCGAAUGCAGACAGGCCAAAACCCACACGACCCUCUCACACAACUCAACAGCCACAUGGGAUUCGGUGCAAUGGCUGGUAUCAACCCCUUUGCCGAUAUGGGUUUGAAUCCUAACGAUCCCAACAUGAUGCAAACAAUGUUCAACUCGCCCCAAUUCAUGCAACAAAUGGCCUCCAUGCUCUCCAACCCCGCUAUCAUGGAUCAAGUCAUCGCCAUGAACCCCCAAUUGGCGGGCAUGGCACCUCAAAUCAGGCAGAUGUUUUCCAGUCCGAUGUUCAGAGAGAUGAUCUCGAACCCAGAUACCCUCCGCAACAUGAUGAACAUGGCCCAAAUGAUGCAAGGUUCGGGCAUGGGUGGUAUGGGAGGUAUGGGUAUGAACCCAUUCGGAAUGGGCGGUGGACAGGCGUCCUCGUUCCCCGCACCGGGCGUACCGAACACAGGAUCCAACCAAUCCUCUACUACGCCUUCCUCCGAGUCGACGAACAAUAGUAAUAACACUUCAACGACGACACCGGGUGCAGGCACGGGUGGAGGUGGAGGAGCAGGAGCAGGAGCAGGCGGGCCGAUGCCAAUGCCAUUCUUCAACCCUUGGUUCGGCGGGCCCGCCGCAGGCGCAGGUACAGGUACCCCUGGUUCCGGUACAGGCGGCGAGGGUCAGGGACAAGGAGCAGGACAGAACCCCUUCGCCGGCAACCCCUUCUUCAACCCCGAAUUUAUGCAACAGAUGCAGCAGAUGUGGGGUGCUGGGGCUCUCGGGCCUGGAUUUGGCGGGCUGGGGGCCGGUGGGCUUGGGUCUCCCGCUGCUGCUGCUGCAGGUGGGGACACUCGUCCUCCUGAAGAGAGGUUCCAGGUUCAAUUACAGCAACUCCAAGAUAUGGGUUUCACGAACGCACAACAAAACAUUCGCGCGCUGCUAGCGACGGGUGGGAACGUGCAUUCCGCGAUUGAGUAUAUCUUAGGUGGUGGGGGGUUGUAA